UAACUACACUAUACAAGAUGUUGAUCGACCCAUAUUUUUAACGCUAGACUGUAUCAUGCUAACAUUAACAUAAGCUUGAGGUUUGUGUGGAGAUUACUAGUGGUAGGAAUUUUAUGUGCUGAAACUUUUCGUUAAUGCGUCUUUUCGUUGUUGUUUGGUUUCGUGAAACGGAAGACGAUUCAAUAAGAUACACGAGCUAUAUUAAAAUUUGUUAUAGUUUUCUUUUGAUAACCGGUAAUAACAAAAGGAUAUAGUUUGGAUGAAAGUGUUCAGUGUCCUCUCAAACCUUUUAAUGAGACCGCACAGAGAUGAUGAAAGACAGCCGAAGAAUUCUUUUCAGAGCUCGAAAGCGUUACAUGUUCGGGAAGGAUCACUGUAAAGUUCUGUUACUGUGUGUUAUAUCGUUUAUCAUCAUAGUGUAUCACGUGAUCCACCACAGAGACCCCGAAUCAGGAACAAAUUCUAAGCGACGCUCCUUGGUGGUUCGACCAUCAAAACCUUACAAGAGCCACCCAUACCAUGCCAGGAAGCACACCAAAUCGUCUGCUUUGAGCAAGAACAAUAACUCAUCUCUAAGUUCGACCAAAGACGAAAGUAACUCAUUUAAAAAGUUGAGAAAAGUCGAAAAUAACUUUAUUCAAUAUGUGAAAAUAGAAGAAAAUAACUCAUUCCAAAAUCUGAAAAAGGAGGACCACGCUCCGAUACUCGAUAGCCCAAAACAACCUACUCAACCCAUUCAGGCUGUUCCGUCAAAAAGUGUUUUACUUGAAACAUUUAAAAGCGAUUUAAAGCCAAAAGAAACCAUUCCGAUUUUGAACAAUUCAAUUUCUCAAGUUAAUCGCAAAGUUUACCAAAAGGCGGCAAAUGAAUUUGUACAUAAAAUUUGGCUUAAAAACAAUACAUUGGAGAUAAAUAAAUUUGGCAUGCCUAGUAAAAAUCUGGCUAAAUUGAACAACCUGCUGAUAAAGCCUGUACCGAAUACGUCCGGUCAAUCUUUCCCCAAACUUUUAUUUGAAAGUCAUAAAAAGUUUGGGACAAAUCAAGAAAUAAAGAAACAACACCUGCUUUCACUAAACAAAUCGCAAACUUUGGGUACCAUUGCAUCAAACGCUAAAACAUUUAGUCAAAGCGGUGCUGAUAAAAAUUCAAAGCUACAUUUUACAAAUGGCUGACUUAACUAAGUGUUGGAAAAUUGGAUUACGUCCCCUGUAUAAAACAAAGCGACAAAUGAAUCUUUUUCCAUUUUUUUUUUUUUGUUAGCAAACAUCAAGUGUUUGUAGCAAUUAAAAGCUAAAUUUCUUUUGUAACAAGUUUGAUUCAAAUAAAA